AUGGCCACCUCAACCACCAACCAGGACCUCAAAGAAAACAUCAAAAACGCAUACGAUGACAUCGCCGACAAAUACCUGACCUGGACCGAACAUUCCCACAAAGUCCGCCUCACCUACGUCAACAACCUCCUUCAAAGCCUCCCCCCAGCAACUCCAACAACAGUCCUCGAACUAGGCUGCGGCGCCGGCGUCCCAGUAACCCAACUCCUCUCUUCCAACCCAUCUUUCCAAGUAACCGCAAACGACAUCUCCUCGGCCCAAAUCGCCCUGGCAAAACAAUCCCUCCCGGACACCGUAGCCCUGAUAGAAGGCGACAUGAUGGGCUUGGAGUUCCAGCCCGAAUCCUUCCAUGCCGUCUUGGCUAUGUACUCUAUUUUCCACCUCCCGCGCGAUGAGCAGGUGACGAUUCUGGCCAGGAUCUUUGACUGGCUGAAGCCUGGCGGGUGGAUCCUGGCUAACUUCCCCGUCAAGGAGUUUGAUAGUCAGUUCAAUGAGGCUUGGUUGGGGGGCCAGAAGGGGGUGAUGCAUUGGAGUGGAUGGGGAAGGGAGAAGAUCGGGGCUAUUCUCAAGGAUACGGGCUUUUCGGUCGUCGUUGAUGAGGUUGUUGUCGAUUCGGAGGAGGCUGAUCAUGAUGUUGCGUUUCAGUGGGUUUUGGCAAAGAAGGGGGUUUAG